AAGGGGGUUGCAAAAGGAAGAGCCGAGGGGCGCGCUGAAGAGACACAGAGGAGGUGAUGACCGCGUCGCUUCACCUGGACCUCGGGCUGCUGCUGCUGCUGCUGGCCUGCUGGCACACACCGGGGAUGGUCGGAGGAACUGUGCCGGCGGCCCCUGUGAACGUGUCCGUGACCCAGCUGAGGGCGCACUCGGCCAUGGUGACUUGGAACGUCCCUCAGGGAGACACUGUGAUCGGAUACUCCAUCUCGCAGCAGAGGCAGGACGGCCUGAUGCAGCGCUCCAUCCGAGAGGUGAACACGUCCAGCCGCUGGUGUGUGCUGUGGGACCUGGACGAGGACACUCACUACAGCGUCCAGGUGCAGUCUGUUGGGCCGCACGGUGACAGCCAGCCCAGCCGCGCCGUCCACUUCAGGACUCUGGAGCGGAGUGACCAUUAUCCAGCCGGAGUCCUGGACCACCAUGAACCAGCGAUGGAAGGUCUGGGCAUGACUCCUCACUUACAGACAGGAGAGCUGCUCAUUAUCACCACUGUGCUGCUGCUGUGGGCAGCUGUCAUCGCCCUCUUCUGCCGGCAGUAUGACAUCAUCAAAGACAACGACUCCAACAACACCAAGGAGAAAGCCAAGAGGCCGCUGGUUCGAGCCACCUCCUCCUACUACAACGCCUCAGCCGGCAGCUCGCCCAUCUACCACAACGGAGCCGUGCGCAGCAGCAAGCUUCACAGGGCCUCCUCCUCCAUCAGCAUCAUUAGAGUCUGAGCUCGGCUGUCGGCGUCGAGACUCGGGAAGCGAAGGAGGCGACGGCGAGCGACGUUUUGCCUGAGGAACUUCAGUGGGAUUAUCCAAAUGGAGAGCUUAUUGACCCGAGAGUCUGAGUUAUUGUAGAAUAUGGACUCUGUGUGAAGUGAAAUCCACUGAGGAGGAAACGGGUGAGUACUGCUCUCUAGUGGCAGAAGACUGCGACUGCAGCAUUAAAACACAUUGUCCGGAAUGAGCCGAUGAGGAACACGGAGGAGGUCGGCAGCCGCAGGACGUGUUUUGAACUCAUUUCCUGUUGUAUUAAAGAAUGAUUUCUUUCGGUUUCUCUAACUGUGAAUAUGUUUGCCAGCAUGCAGGCUGAACAUUUGUUACCAAGCAGAGCGACCACCUUUGGCACAGGAAUACGAGAGUGCGUGUCGAUUACAUUCCUGCGAUUUUGUGUGACUCAUAAUUCACCUGGUCUUUAUCAGUGCUCAGACAUACAGUGUGUCAUAUGUAAUUUAAAUGUGUACAUAAAUCAGAUUGAAAGUAGCAGUAACUGAAGUGAAAUUCCAAAAAUGUUUGAAUGUGCGGCUCAGAUUUACCCUGUAAACUUUCAGAAUCUGCUCCUGAUUUUACCAUGAAGUCAAACAUGUUUGUUUUUCUUAUCAAAAGCAGGCAGGAUGCUGACAAUAAUAAAAACACGUGAUGUGGUGGUCUCUUAUUCAUAUACACUCACUUACAUACACUUCACUUACUUAGAUACGUACACUUACAUACACUCAAUUUAUCUUCCUAUUCAUCGUUUAUAUUUCAUGUUUGCUUUUCUUCUGAAAUUGCCUAUUUUGUUCAAUUCUGCUAGUCUCUUUUAUACUUUAAACUUUUGUUGGCAUUCAGUGUGGACGGCAAAGUAAGAAUUUCAUUGUACAGGGAAACCCGUUUCCUUACUGUGCACAAGACAAUAAACGCUUUGAAUCUUGAAUCUUGAAUCUGACUUACAUACACUAAGAUACAUACAUUUAGAAACUCACAUAUAUAUACAUACACUUUUAUACAUACACUUACUUACUCUUACUGAUAAAUAUAGUUACUUAUAAAGACUGACUAAUAAAGAUACUUAGAAACUUACGUUUACAUACAUACACUUUUGUAUUUACUUGCAUAUAUAUAUACAAAUAUAUAUGUAUAUAGAAGUAGACUGAGUGAGACUACUGAAGUAGUUCCCUGGACUCUUAUGUGAGUA